AAACACGACAAUCCCGACUCUUGUGCGGGCUUGCAUGGCGGGCAUGUCGUGUCGACUGCCUUGCUCUGGGAGAGAGAGAGAGAGAGACGUUGAAGAAAUCCUUCAUCCCCACAGCCGAGCCCGGCUUUCGUGAUCCUCACACCCCCCGGCGACUCACCAAAGCUUAAACCGUCACCAUGGUGAACCCAGCCGAAGUUAUGGCCAUCGAAUGGCUGAUGCUCUCGCUCGCCUGGCUGCUGGUCGGGUUGCGGGUCAGCGUGCGCUUCCAGAUGGACAAGACGCGCCUCCUCGUCGUCGUGUCCGACCUCCUCCUGGUCCUGGGGGCGCUGAGCAUACUGGGCCUCGUGAUAUGCGACACUCUCACAUACCGCAUGGGCGCCAUGUCUGACUUUGGAGCAAUCGGGGAGGACUUGGGCAAGAUACGGUUUGCGACAAACUACUUCUUCGACGCGGGCCUGUAUCUGCCCAAGCUCAGCAUGCUGGCCAUCUACUACCAGCUCAUCCCUCCCCACCAAAGGGCCCUGCGCGCCGGCCUGUACGUGGUGACGGCCGUGACGGUCGCCGCCGUCCUGAUCACUGUCUUUACCGACGCCUUUUGGUGCGGGCCCGACCCGUCCGUCAACUGGAAGGUUGGAGAGAACGUCUGCUCGACCUUUACGUCGACCACGCUAAUGGUCAACAAUUGGGCCUUGUGCAUCACCGUUGAAGCUCUGAUAUUCCUCCUACCCAUUCCCCUUCUGCGUCAAGUAAGGUCCCUGGCUAGCAUACAACAAGCCGGCCUGGUCGUGGUCUUCUCGCUCGGCAUCACCACCAUGAUGGUCAGCACGGGCCGCUUCAUCUCCAUGAUGUACACGGGAAACUAUAUUUCCGUCUACAUCUGGGCCACCACCGAGUUCGCCGUGUCCAUCAUGGUCGUGGCCUGCAUGGCGCUGCGGCCCCUGGCGACCAAGACGUGGCGCGCCGCCGCCGGCAAGAUCACCAACCGCAGCGGCGGCAACCGCGACGGCGGCAAUCGCAGCGACGGCGGCAACAAGAAGGGCGGGUCGGCCGGCUCGGCCUCCGCCAGCCGCCGCGGCACGGGGGCCCGCCACCCCCACCACAGCCAGCGCAACCCGUCCAACGCCUGGCAGGCGCCCGAGGGCAGCGAGAUCCAGCUGACCUCCUUCUCCGCCGACGGCGUCAUCAUGGGCAACUCGGUCAGCGUGUCGAGCGCGGGCCGCCGCAAGAGCGGGCCCGAGCCUGCCUUCUCGCACGCCGUCUUUAGAGAGUGGGAGGUCACGGAGCACCCGGCCGGGGCGGCGAACCACGUAUGAGGAGAGGGGAAUUUGCAACGAUAACACGGUUUUUUUUUUCUUCUUCUUCUUCUUUUCAUGGGCCCAGAACCGGCGACGGUUUGUGAGUUUGGUAUCGCGAGCGUGGCGUAUAGGAGUACACGAAUAAACGAAAGUCACGAGGAUCAAGGCCUGUUCAAACUGUAGUUUGGUGGG